UUCCUUAAGUUACAGUGAUAGUAAGUUGCCGUAUUCCGGAGCACAUGCAGAUGUCAGUUUUCUCUCCGCCUCUCGCUCGGCUCCACAGUUCCGCGCUCCACGCCGGGAAGCCCCUGCCUCAUCCACCGCGCUCCUAAGGCUGCGGAAGAUCUGAAAAGGUUUCUCCAGUACCUCCCGCUGAAAAGAGUCCUCCACUUUUCUGAAGGGAUACUGACAGAAGUUAAUUAUAAAAGAGGGCUUUCAGCAAGAUAAAUGACUAAAGGUAACGGAGAAGAUCCAAAGCCUGGAAGUAGGAUGGAACGAAUUCAACAAGGCGUCCGGAAACGUACACUUUUGGCAAAAAAAAAAGUGCAGAGCAUAACAAAGGACGAUGUUAAAAGUUAUUUAAUGAGGAAUGCCUUUGUGCUCUUCACCGUUGUUGCUGUGAUUCUUGGUGUAAUCCUGGGAUUUUCUCUUCGAUCAUAUAAGAUGAGCUAUCGGGAAGUGAAGUACUUUUCGUUUCCAGGAGAGCUACUCAUGAGAAUGCUGCAGAUGCUGGUCCUGCCACUAAUUGUAUCCAGUUUAGUCACAGGAAUUGCUGCCCUGGAUAGUAAAGCCUCAGGGAAGAUGGGAGUCCGAGCAGUAGUCUACUACAUGAGCACUACAAUCAUUGCUGUACUGAUUGGCAUAAUCAUUGUGGUCAUCAUCCACCCUGGGAAAGGUACAAAGGAAAACAUGCACAGAGAAGGCAAAAUUGUGCAAGUGACAGCAGCAGAUGCCUUUCUUGAUUUAAUCAGGUAUGCUCCACUUGGAAUUCUCUUCUUGAUUGCUGGGAAAAUUGUUGAGAUGGAAGAUAUGGGUGUGAUCGGUGGUCAGCUUGCCAUGUACACUGUAACAGUUAUCAUCGGUUUGCUAAUUCAUGCUGUCAUUGUCCUACCUCUUCUCUACUUCAUGAUCACUCGUAAGAAUCCAUGGAUAUUUAUUGGAGGCUUAAUCCAGGCAUUAGUCACAGCUUUGGGAACAUCUUCCAGUUCUGCAACACUACCUGUUACAUUUAAGUGUCUAGAAGAAAUAAAUGGAGUGGACAAACGAGUUACAAGAUUUGUACUCCCAGUUGGUGCUACAAUUAAUAUGGAUGGAACUGCUUUAUACGAGGCUUUGGCUGCAAUUUUCAUUGCACAGGUCAACAACUUUGAUCUGAACUUUGGACAGAUUAUCACAAUCAGCAUCACUGCCACAGCUGCCAGUAUUGGGGCUGCAGGCAUUCCUCAAGCUGGACUGGUCACCAUGGUUAUUGUGCUCACAUCAGUAGGUUUGCCUACAGAUGAUAUCACUCUUAUCAUUGCAGUGGACUGGUUCUUGGAUCGUCUCCGUACCACUACCAACGUCUUGGGAGACUCCAUUGGAGCAGGAAUUGUUGAACAUUUAUCACGGCAUGAGCUGAAAAACAGGGAUGCUGAGAUGGGCAAUUCCGUGAUAGAGGAGAAUGAAAUGAAGAAACCAUACCAACUAAUCUCGCAAGAAAAUGAGAAUGAGAAACCAAUAGAUAGUGAAACCAAGAUGUAGGCUAGAGAAAGCGUGAGUUCAACACUACAAGUGUGGCAAAACACUUUUUCCAGCGAUUUAUAUCUUGAAUUCAUCAACUUCAUCUAUUCCUUGAUUUCUCCCUUUAUGCUCGCACUGGAAAGAAUUAAUGAAAAUAUAUUCCAAACUAGCAGCGAUCAUGGUAUAUGUUGGCUUCCCACGUAAAAAAAAAAAUUUAACAGGCAACAACACUGGUCCUGCUAGACAUAUGCUAACUGGGGAUAAAAAAAGAGAUUGUGUAUAUGUUACUCAGUCCUGUGAAUCUUUUUUUUUUUCUCUUUUUUUUUUUUUUUUAUGAACUGGAAAGUAAAAAGAGAUAACAGAGUCUGAAAAUGGUUUUAUUUUUUUAAAUACCUGUUGCAAAAUUCCUAACAUCUAUAAACACACAAUCAACCCUUCUAACUUGAUAACUGCAUCCAGCUAAGUAAAUUAACAGGACUUUUGCUAUUUUAUCUGAAUUUUUUUUUUUUGCUAGUGUUGUAUUAUUGUUCAAAUACUAGCAGGACAAUAAAAAGCAGGAGAUUAAUUGAGGGGAUAAAAAGGGGGAAGAUAUAUAAAUAAAGAAAAGGUAAUACCCCCAAAUCAGCACUUUUACAAGCUGAGAUGAAAUAUUUCUGAGAAAGUUAUUUUAUCUAGACAGUUUUUCAAAUUAGAUUCAGCUGAUCUUUAUAAAAAUUUAGCCUAGCUGGCUCCCACUGACUCGCAAACAUUUACAUAUGCAUGGGUGUACUUCCAAUCUGGAUUUGCUCCCUUAAUUUCAACAUCACAACCCAGUUAAAAUAUCUGUAUGUGUGUUUGUAGGAGCAAGGCCCUGGUCUGGGACAGAAAAUGUGUCUUCGUCUCUGGAUAAAAUAAUUUGCACGCUCUGGAUGCACUAAUGAGCUACUUAAUAAGCAAUUAUAAGUAGGCAACGCCAGGCUUCCACAGAAGGUGCAGAGGGUGAGACGUUCAGAUCCUAAUGGGCUGCAUUCUGAAUCUGAAUCCCUGAGACCAGCAGAGGUUUUCUGAUUGGAAACCUCCCAAAUUCUUGAUUGACUAAUCAAUUAUAGAAGUAUGAACUGGAUUUACAUUUUGCCAUCCAGAGAAGGCUCCCUAUCUUAACGUGAAAUUUUUAAUUCCUAGAGAGUUUAUCAGUAGCCCCUGAAAAAGAAGAUAAAAGCCUUUAGAAAAUAAAAUUAAUCGGUGCUUUUGUAUUUUUAUAAGGAAAAGAUAUGCAAAUUUAAAAAUAAUAAAUACUAUAAUAUAUGUUGAAAUUUUAAUUAGAAAGGAUUUUAAAUUAAAUAUUGUAAGUGUUUUUCAGGGAAUAGAUAAGGAAGAAUAAAAAAAGGAAAACUAUGACCUUGUAAUACACUGGCUUUUUUGUUCAAGAUUAUUCCCUGAAAAAGCCCUUUUCUAGGAAUACAAAUUAUGUACUUUUUCCUUUUUGCCUCAUAUUAUUAGAGAGGUUAAACCAGAAAGUUUUAUAAUGCAGAUGCAGUUGGGAGAAAGAAAAAAAUAAUAAUGGACAGGAACAAUAAUGUCCAAUUAUCUGAUCUGUUCUAUUAAAAUACUCAGUUUUCUUCUUUAUUCCUCCCCUUGCCAAAAUAAUUCUGAUGACAGAAAUGAAGCAUUCCUUUGCAUUGUCCCAGCUGCCAUUCAAAAAACAUUCAAUAUGUUACAUCUGUCACUUAAAGUCCAUAAAUACGGUGUACAAGUAACUGUAGUGAAAGUGUCAACAUGCUGGUCAAAGACAAAUCUUUUCCCGGGCAAGAUUGGUUUUUUGGGAUUGAAAUUCCUGUCAAUCUUCUCCAGUUGAGUAAUUCAGAAAAUAUGAGCAAGAACUCUCAAGUGAAUGAAGUUAGCAGGGUUUAAUAUAGGUUACUGAGCGUCAAACCAAGAAAGCUCUAAAUGAAUUUCUAAAUGACUGACUGAAAGAAGAUAUGGGUUGUUUUCUCAUUUUUGGUUUUUUGUUGGUUUUUAUUUUUGCUAACAAAAUGCAAAUCUAGGAUACAGACAGGCAUUUUCUGAUACAUAAUUAGAGAUAUUUUUAUAUAGAUACUGCAUUCAGGAUGUGUGUAAAAACAUUAACUGUAGAACUUAUGGUAUAACAUUUAAAAUUUUUGUUAAGAUUUUGUUUGGAAAUACAUUGCAAAGACCAUGUAAAAGGCUGUCUUUCUAUGACAUCAGCUGAGAAAAAUGAAUUGUGUCACAAAGAAUGUGAUCUUUUUUAUACUAACUUUGUUUCUUAUGGAAAUCAGGUAUUAUAGAAAGAUUCCCUUCCCCAUCUGUCACUGGUUCUGCAUUGGUAUGCACCCAGAGUGGAUUGAGAAACAUUACUUUGUAGAUGUAUUUUCAAUAAAAAUAGUUUUACAUUACUGUU